AUGUCGCCAAAUAUGAUCGACCGCCUUCGUAGCAAGAAGAGCGCCAGGAGUCUGAAUGACAAGGACAAGGUCCUGAGGAAACUCAGCCCUGUUGAACACCUCCAAGCCGCUCAUUAUUCACUAGGAGCAAUCAUUGGCUGUGCUAUAUCAUGUCGUUAUCGAAUUCCGGAAGCAUUACUCACUUCGGGUGCUGCAUCGCUCCAGAAACUCGUCGAAAAUGCCUUCGCCCGUGCUAUUCUCCAGCAUCCGCUAUUCACAGUUGGACGAAUCAACGCGGACUCUAAGAAGCAACAUUGGGUGCGCCUCGAUCAGAUUGACUUGAAUAACCACAUAGAAUGGCGGACGGUCUCUGAUUUAGAAGCGUACGAAUCAGUUCUCCAUGCCACCCUGGAAUGGCAGGUUAAUGAGCCCUAUACGAAUCUCGAGACCCAACCUGGUUGGAGAGUAACUAUACUCAGACCAGUCGAGUCCAACUUUUUAGAUAUCGUCUUUGCUUGGGAACAUACCGCUGCAGAUGGAAAAAGCGGAAAGUUCUUCCAAGACAGUCUCUUCACUUGUCUCAACACACCAGACGACAGCGUGAUUCUCAAAGACCGCGUCUUCGAGGUGCCGAACACCGAACUCACGCCUCCCUUGCAUCACUUGAUCAAGCUACCCGUCUCUCUUCAUUUCAUCGUGGGUGAAUUCGGGAGGGAUAUUAUCGCUUCGAUGAAAGCGAAAGAACUCCCUCACAUGGCGACAUGGGCACCAAUAGCGACAGAACCUUCGACAACGAGGAUGGUGGUGACGAAAGUUGCGAAAAAGGCGCUAAAGCCUGUACUCGACGCGUGUCGCCAGCACGGCACGACCUUUACGGGGCUCAUGCACGCGCUCAUUGCAGUUUCAAUGGCGACGAGACUGGCGGAGAUCAAGGCUUCUGCGUUCUUAUGCGGUACGCCUGUCUGUCUACGACAGUUUCAGAAGCCGGGCCAUCCGAGCAUCGACAUGAACAAGACGGCGAUCAACAGCGUGGCAUACUGGCCAUUUACAUUCGAUGAGGAGCUCGUAGCCAACGUUCGAGAACAAAUCAACGAAGCCCAGACCAAGCCAAACAUGAGUGCAAACCUAGAAGCGACGGUCUGGUCAUGUGCGAAGGCGAUACGAGAAGGCAUAUCCGCCAAGCUGGACUUGGGCACUAAGAACGAUCACGUCGGACUAGCCAAGUUUGUAAAAGACUGGCAAUCGUUCGUCAAGGACCAUGGCAAAACGCGAUCGUAUUCAUGGGAGAUCAGCAAUAUUGGCGUUAUACAUGGAAAAGCUGAGGGUGAUAAGUGGGCUAUCGAGAGUGCGACAUUCACGCAGACUGCACCGACGUUUGGGUCGGCCUUGACGUUCAGUGUCAUCUCAACUCAGGGCGGGGAUUUGGUGGUAACGAAUACGUGGCAGGUUGGGGUUGUUGAGGAGGAUUUUGCUGUUGGUGUGAGCUCUGAUGUGGAGGGUUGGUUGAAUGAGUUGGGGAGGACUGGGAGUAUCAACUUUGGAGCAGUCGGGGUGGCGAGCUAG